AUGAGUCGAAAAUUGCUUCUCCAUACGCCUACUUUUUUGCCACUUUUGAAUUUGGAGUAUCUUGUAGUUUUCUUUUCUACGGUGAGUAAUCAUUUCUAUUAUUAUCUUGUCAAAACUCAAUCUUUUGAAGUAGACUUUUACACAAAAGAUGAUGAUUUCAGCUUCUCUAGUGACGGGAUCUCUAAUAUUUUCUUCGAUUUCUAUCUAACUAAUUCUUCGUAUAAUUCCCUUGAAUUGACUUCGUAUUUGGCCGCUACGUUUAUUGAUCACAGUUCGGGUUUGUUAAAUGCUAAUAAAAUGGUUAAUGAUGCUUUGAAUAAACAACUUACAGAGAAGAAUACAUAUGUGCUUUCUCCAAAUCAGAGAAAUUAUGUUGGUUUCAAAAGAUUCAAAAAUGAAAGUCUUGCGAAUACUCCAAGAAAUGUUUUUGGUGCUCCUCAACCAGAUCAUGAAAAUGAUUUCUUCAUUGAAACAAGAUUUCAAACAUCGAAUUAUCCAGCAACGACUGAAAAGCUACAUGAAUUGUUCUUUUCAAGCUUGAGUGUAUUUUUGCUAACAUACGAAAUACCAAUAAUAAAAGAAAAGAAAACUAAGGAUCUUCUAGGCAUUAUUAGUUCUUUUGGUGGUGCUUUCAGCCUGAGUUUUUUUGUUUAUCAUGUGCUUUUUGGAACCAACCGAAUGAGACCAUGGGGAGUCUGCCAAAGAUUGUAUAAAAUCAGAAGUCCAAUUCAAAGAAAAUUAGUCAAAACACUUGGUCCAGAACUGCCACUCGUCAGAGACAAUGUCGACACUGAGGAAACAGUCUCUUUAAAAGAUCUUCAAAAACAAGUUAAUAGUUUAGAAUUGCUUUUACGUGAGUAUAUUAUUGAUUUUUCGUAUCUCGCCGAAUCUCGAAAAAAUGUAACAAGGUGGGAAAAUUCUAAUGUAGGAUCAAAGUAA